CAAAGAUACUACUAGGCUAGGCCUGUCGUCGUCAAAGGUAAAGAAUGGUUUUCAUUGAUGAAUGCCCAGAAAGAAUGAAUAAUAUCGUUGAAAAUCUGAAGUAUUGAUUGACCGGUAAUGGCUACUUAUUAUGAUGAUGGAGUACUUGGUUCCAUAGAUUUCUCUUCAGCUGUAUUGGUAGACUCGGAUGAUGCAAUAGCAAGACUUGAUAGGCAGCUGGCAUUGACAGAAGAAAAAUUGGAAAAUGGACUAGAAGAACUGAUUGUUGCCAUCAAUAGCCUUUCUGUGGACAACGAUUACACCAAUGUGAAAGAUGCAGUUGACAGUCUAAUUAAGACAAGUAGCUUGGAGGAAUGUGCAUGCCUUCAACCAGAACCACAUGAUGUGAUUGCAUUUCUGCAGACAUUGGCAUUAACUAUUGAUAAAAGUUCAACUGCAGAUAAUGUUGACUGUUUGCUGGAUCUUCUUCAACUGUGUUGUAAGCAUGGAUUUGUUCUGCCAUUCCAAGCACCACCAGCCGGUGACAAAACAUGCUCCACUAUCUCCAUCAACACCAUCUCCAGCAGUUCAGAAUUGGAAAUAGAACAGCUGUGGACCAGCAUUCGACUUCAACUGAAGAAACAACUACUUAAGAAGCUUGCCGACCCUCUGUUUUUCUGUCCAGAUAUGAAACUCAAUCUUCUGCAAGGUUUGGUGUUUUUGUAUCCAGCUGAUGAAGCUUGGAAGAUCUACAAGUCACACCGUGGCCAAGAGAUCAACCAAGCACUAGUGGAUGGCCUACAUCUUGAAGAUGCACAACCAGAGGAUGUUCUGAAGAACAUCAAAGACAGGUUCCGUCAAGUUCAACACACAUUGAAGGAUAUGAUGGUGACAGACUUCAAGACUAUGUCAUCAAGAGUUUUUCAAGAUGUGAACAUCUACAAUGCCCUCAAAUCUCUGUAUUCGUCAAAGAUUUCUCAAUACCUUGUUGUGAACGUAAGCCAGCCAUCCAAGAUGACCACAGACUUGGAAAACAUGGGUAACAGUUCCAGUACUAUUACAAUUAAAGAGAGUGAUAUUCUGGCUGUAUCUGUAUUAGCCUCAGAGUUAAUGGAAUUUGAGAGUGCAAUGGAAGAUGUAUUGCACCAGCUGAAUUGGACUAGUGAAGCUCGAAGCAAGAGAACCUCAAAACAGCAACCCAAAGGUGUUCUGAAGGUUAGCAGAGAGGCAAGGAUGAGCAAACUUGGUCUAUCAACUGAUUCAACAUUACCAUUGGGUACAGUACCACCACUAUUUAGUGCAGUUGCCACUAUGGUUGCAACAUCAUCAAGUCAAGGCACAAAGAAUUUGCAGAAGUUAGAACAUUGGUGGAAGGAUAUCUUGUCUGGCUUUGAGGAGCAGUUAGUCACCAUGAUUCCUCUGUUGGUCCAACAGUCGCUGUCUAACCAUGACACUGCCAUCCGCACUACUCCGACUACUGGUACACUUGUGUGUGAACAACAAUAUGGAUGGUCAUCCUGCCCAAGAUAUGUAUCCAAGCGUUACGGGUCUUUCUUCACCUUAGUACAGCAGUUAACGCCCAUCGCCUGCGUUAGCAAUACUUUGCAAGAUGUUUUUGUGACUUCUGUGAGGUCUGCUAUUAAUGAUAUCCUGCUGUAUGUUUACAAGGUCAAGAGUGCUGAAGCCUCUAGUAUAGCACUGGAUUGUGUACAGGCUUUAAGCAUGGCCACUUACUGUGCAGCAGUCUUGCUUCAACUGCAUCAAGCUCUCCACGAAGGCAAAGAAAAUUCAUGCUUUGUAUCGCUAAGGCAGCAGUUUCUUGAAGUGAUAGAUGAACUUGCUGACAAGCUAGUGUCCUAUCAUGUGACCACUCUGUGCAACAUUCUGCUCCACGAUGCAGACAGCCAUAACUACACUGACCAACGUGCAUUCUAUGAGGAUGAGCGUUGUUCUUUUUCGGUUCAAAUGUACCAUUUACAUCUAGAAUCAGUAAAGCACGACUGGUCCAUGUGGUUGCCUGGCCACUUGAUGCAGAAGAUGAUGAUGAGUGUUGUAGAGAGAUCGUUAUCAAAACUAGCUCAUCGAUAUUCUCUUGUCAAACCAUCCUACAAGCGGAUGAGACAAAUGAGGGUUGAUAUCACAGCAUUACUUUUUAUAAUCUACAAUAACAUGCUCACAUUCUGUGACUCUGUUUGUGAUGUUAUGGGCCAAGCUGAAUUCCACGCCUCAUGUCAGUGCCUCUUGCGAGUCAUAGCAGUGGUGACCUCACCACUUGAUGUCCUCUGCAAGGCAUUCCAUCGGAGUCUAAAACAUGAGAAACAUCAAGUGUUUUCAAUGAUCCCUUCCUGGUUACAGUGCGUGGCUCCAAGUUUAUUUCCCUUUGAUGUUGUGGAAUUCUCUAAUUUGCCUGAUAAGUCUGCUGUUCAUAUUAUUGUUUCUAUUCUGAGCAGACAACCAUGUGUUAAUUUGUCAUUGACUCUGCAAGCAUUGACUAUGAGAGAAUCUGUUCUUGCAAAAAUUCUAUGUGAGCAACUAGAUGAACUCAAUGAACAGUCUUCAUGUGUAGGCCUAGGCUGUUCAGGAAUCAAGUGUCUUUGCUCACUGAUGCAGCCUGAGAAAUCAAUUUUAAUGCCUAUAGCAAGACUGUUAGCAACUUGUAAUGAACAACCUCAGUGUCUGGCCAAUGUAUUGGUUCCAAUCAUUGAGAAAGGAGGAGGUUGUGGCAAUUUACCAGGCAAGAGGGAGGAGGUGCCUCCUUGGCUGUUGUACAUCAAACAACUAUUUGCUCCUCAGAUCGAAAGAUUGAUCAAGAGUUGUGUUAAGGACCUUGUUGAGUAUCAGAGGGAAGGCAGAAAGAAGAAAAAUUCUAUGUCGAACCUUACUCAUCUUCCCUGCGGCUGUCCACUUGCUAGAGAACGAAAAUUAAAAUUGAAAGAUGAAGAACAUGUCCUAAAUUCAGCAGCACAGACUCUUCUAUCAAGACUAUCUCAAGUAAUACUGUGUUUUUCUCUGCCAUUGUGUCUGGUGUUUCAGAGGCUGCAAGAAAAAGUAGAUCAAGAGGAAAACUGCAAGAAAGCUGUAGCACUGGAGGUACUGUGCUGGUGUGUAUGGAAUACAUUGCGAACUCAACCAUUCGACACAAGUGACAAAUCUGCAUUGGUCACUUUAAAGCAUGCCUCAGAGAUGACCAUGGAAGUCCUGUCAAUGGAAGCUGAUGAAACUGAUUACUCAUCACAUCCCUUGAGUUCUGAUUGGCUGAAAGAAUUGAUUGCCAUGACAACAUCUCAUUGCACUCAAGACCAUCUUGCAAAUUUUAAUAUUCAUCCUGUGGAAGAAGGGCCAUUGAUUUUCCAAGAAAAAUAUUACAUGGGAAUGGCUAUUGACAUGGCAACCAAUAAACAAGGAGUCAAAGAUUUAAUUCUUAUCAACAAGUUGAUCAAAAGAAAUGCUGAAUGGAUUGAAGAUCAGUUGGAGAUACCUGCUCUUAUUCCGCAUGUAGGCAAACCCAGCUUUCACAGUCAGAUAACCCUGGAACCUAUGACCCCUCUAGCCUUUAAUCCCAUAGAACAAUUCAACAAGCUAGGUAGAGGUGGCUUCGAUCAUGAGGCUUUUGGGGAAUAUGCUUGGGAUUGGCCGGAGAUGUUGAAGAUCAAUCUCGGCCUAACCCCUGUUACCUUUCGACACCUGUUCUCCAACCGCUUUGAGAUGCUGGAGGGAGAACCACUGAAUGACAACGAAAAGAAAUAUGUCGCCAUUUUGAAAGAGAGGUAUGAACUGGACGUCGAGUUAGUUUGAUCCUAAUGUUGGUUGUACAUUACAACAAUGUUGAAUUGGGUGAAAAUUGGGAUCGAAAAAUAUCCAAAGUUUUUGGGAAAUCUGGAUAUAUAGAGGUUAUUACAUCAAUGUGUAGUGCUAAGUCUCUACGUUUCUUAAUGUGUACUAGUUAUUCAACAUGCUCAUAGGACCAACAUUGUGUAGUUUCAUCGGCAGAUUUUGUAUUUUGCCAGGGUGGCACAAGUGCAAUCAAGGACUCAUAUUCCCAAGGUGGCAGAGUCAAGAAAAGAAAGCUUUAGGGUGUUUCCUUAAAUAGGCCAAAACAAAAAUGUUUGUUUGCCCUCCUGCAUACACCCCUAACUCACUGAAAAAUAUAAAAUAGGGGCGGAAAAACAAAUAAACUUCAAAAAUUUUUUUUUUUUUUUUUUAGCUUUUUUUCUUUACAAAUUAAAAAAAAUGUGAGUGAAUUUAUCUUGUUUUUUUUCCAGAUGCCCUACAGAUUUGUCUAAAAGUUGUUGUCUGAUGUAAGAUAUUGCCAUUCUAGGCCUCUGUGGGUUAUUUUUAUUCCAUCUGAUGAGUAUCUUUAAAGAAAAACUAAAUAAAAAAAAAAAAAUUUUUUCACCCACCCCUAUUUAUCAUUUUUUUUUUAAAAGAAGGGCAAACAAUUUUUUUUUUUGCCCUUAUGUAGACCCAUACUCAUUUCAAUCUUUUAAGUAAAUGAUUUCACACUUGGUUUAUUUUUUAGCUCCUGCUGGUAGGGAGCUGUGGGGGAGGGGGGGCGCGAGUGCCCUUCUGCCACCCUCUAGAUACACCACUGAUUUUGAAAUACAGUGUGCUGUGUUACAAUAGUCACAAAAACUCAACCUAGCAUUCAUUCAGUGUUGAGCUCACUCCUUGACUAGAUAUUAGGAUGGAGAUUUCAAAAGAAAAUAUAUGUUUCAAUAUUUGUUGUCAUUGGUGUGUGUGCAUAUCAAAAACUGGAAAGACAGUUAGUUCCCACUUAAAGUAUUUAGUGUUGAAGAACUUUUAGAAAGUGCAAUAUUGUAUAUAGGAAAAACAUAGUUGAUGUGCAAUAACUGAAAAGGGUUUUUAGAAUAGUUUAUGGUUUACGAGUGUUCAAGCAAUUAGAGACUAUUUUAUGAUUGUAUAAAAUGGUAAAGCCUUUACCAAGAGUUCAUAUAAAGUUUUACCUUGUUUGUAAAUUAGUCUCCCAUUGCAUACAACAUACCAGUGUUAGUGACAGCAUAAUGUAUUACAGUAUGUACAAGUCCUU